GCGAGUUGUCCCGAUGACGGAGCGAGUUGUCUUCGGGGCGAGUUGUCCUGAUUGCUUCCUAAACCGAAAGUACGAUAGAUUUGUUUUUCUUAUGAAAAAGGUCUUUGGCACUACACUGAGGUUGUCGUAGCCAGAGGAUGUUAUUUAGAGUGGUGUAUGGACUGAUUUUCCUUGCUGCCAGCAUUCAGCUGUCCUUGCAGCCAAACAGAAAAUGUAAAUGCAAAGUAGGAAUCUUAAAAGAAGUGCUAGUAAUACCUAGGAAUAAAUGUGAAUUUGUGGAGUUUACUAAAAACCUAACUUGUCAGUGUGACUGUUCUGAUGGUGAAGAGCAAACAUACCUCCAUUAUGUUCCCAGUAGCACUGCCAAUAAAACUUACAUUAUGUGUGAGUAUAAACAACUUGUAUUUGGAGAAUGUUUAGAGUAUAAUGAAGGGGGGGAAAAAAUGCAAUCCAACAAUGAACUAUGUACAGAACACGCAUGUUCUCCCUGCAAAUCAACCUAUAAGUCAACAGAGAGUUAUCUAUAUCCUCAAUGUUUUAAAUUUGGAGGCUUGCUAACAGAAAAGGAAAAGGCAGCAAAGGAUGAUUGUACAGGGAGCAAAGAAACACACUUGUAUGCAUUGUUACCUAUUACUUUAAUUUUGGGAUUUUUCAUUGGUCAUUAUUGGAAAGACUGGAAAACUAAGUGUGUAAGCUUUUUCAACAAGAGAAGUGAAUACAGACUGUGUCCAUCUGACGAAUCAAUCAAGUCGAGAAGUGUAUACUUACCAUUUAAUGAAUCAAACACACAGACCAGUGUUGAGGUGCCACUUAAUGAAUCAAACACACUAACCAGUGUUGACUUGCCUCCUGAUGAAUCAAACACAAUGACCAGUGUUGACUUGCCACUUAAUGAAUCAAACACACAGACCAGUGUUGACCUGCCUCCUGAUGAAUCAAACACACUAACCAGUGUUGACUUGCCUCCUGAUGAAUCAAAGAAGUCAAGAAUUGAUGGCGUUCCGCCGGAUGAAACAAACAUGUCAAGUAUUGCUGACUCUCAACUUACUACAUCCGACAUGACACUCGUUCAAAAAUAUGACUUGAAUGACAUGGAUGAAGAUACUUCUUUUAUAAUUACAAUUGAUAAAUUAUAACAAUUGUUAGUCCCCUAUAGGCAGAGCAGAUGGGACUUAUGGUUUGCACUCUAUCAGUCCAGUAAAUCAGUUUUCUGCACUUUUUAAAACCUCACUUGAGCUGAAAAUUCUCAUCACUGUAUGCCAUACAUCUGUCUAUCCAUAAUGUUUUAACAUUUUCGACUUUUAAAGAACCAAGGGCUAAUUUUAGCUUAACUUGCCACAAAGCAUGUUUAGGUAAAGAGGAUUCAAUUUUAUUGAAAUGAAGUGCAACAUGCUUUUUGAAUUGGAAAUAAUUAAGAAAUAAUGCAAAUUUUGUGGCAUCUUUAAACAACCACUUGACCAAUUUCAAACACACAUGGCAUAAAUCAUCCUUUGGUAAAAGAGAUUCACAUUUCAUGAUUUGUUCAAAUGAAGGGCAAUGCUCUCUCAAACAGGAGGUAAUAUUUGAAACUUUCAUGAAAACUUCUUGACAUAGACGUGUAGAUUCAAGUUUAUUCAAAUCAUGGCGUCAGGGAGUAGGAUGGAGCCACGAUAAGGUAUCAAAGUUUUCCAUGGUGAUAUAUAGGAUAAAUCUUCAAAUAUCUUCUCAAGAAUAACAGGGUCAUGAUUACUCAUAUUAAUGUGCAAGCAUUCCCAGGUAGUGCAGAUUAGAUUCAAAUUAUGGUCUCCUGGGGUAGACCACAAUAGGGAAUCAAAGUUUCACAUAGAUAUGUAUGGGAAAAUUAGAUCUUUAAAAAUAGUACAACAGGAUCAUGAAUACUCAUAUUAAUAUGCAAGCAUCCUCGGGGAGUACAGAUUGAAGUUUGAUCAAAUCAUAACCACUGGGGUUAGGAUGGGGCCACAAUAGGGGAUCAAAUUUUUUAGCUCACCUGAGCUGAAAGCUCAAGUGAGCUCUUCUUAUCACUGAUUGGCUGUCCGUCUGUAAACUUUUCACAUUUUCGACUUCUUCUCCAGAACCGCUAGCCCAAUUUCAACCAAACUAGGCAAAAAGUAUCCUUGGGGUGAAGGGCUUUCAAGUUUGUUCAAAUGAAGGGUCAUGCCCUCUUCAAAGGGAGAUAAUCACAAAAAUGCUAAAUUGGAGUGGGUUCAUUUAAAAAUCUUCUUCUCAAGAACCCUUGGGCCAGGAAAGAACAAAUUUAACAAGGUUAGGAUGGGUUCAUAAAUGGGGAUCAACGUUUUACAUACAAAUAUAUAGGGAAAAUCUUUAAAAAUCCUCCUCUCAAGAACCACUGAGCCAGGAAAGUACAAAUUUACAUGAAAGCUUCCUGACAUUUUGCAGAUUCAAGGUUGUAAACAUCAUGGCCCCCAGGGGUAGGUUGAGGCCACAAUGGGGAUCAAAGUUUUAGAUGCAGAUACAUAUAUAUUGGAAACAUUUUAAAAUAUGGGCUACGGUGAAGAUGUGCAUGUGUCUGUUUGAAAGUGAUCAGACAUUUUUCAAAAAAUUUACAGGUGGUUGAACUUUUUUAAGCAUAUCUUGAAUAGAUGGUAUUUAUUUUUGUAAUCAUCUCCUCUUACAUCAUUUAUUUGACAUCCUUCAGACCUUGUACAGCUGUUAUGAAAGCAUUGAAGAUGUGCAUGUGUCUUUUUGGAAGUGAUAAGACAUUCUUUGAAAAAUUUACAAGUACGUGAUGUAGUUGAAUUUUGUUAUUUUUUAAGCAUGAUACAUGUACCUACUCUGUGUAACCAACUCCUCUCACAGCUGUUACUUGACAUUUUUCAGACCAUGUACAUUAUAGAUGUUAUAAAAAUAUUGAAAAUAUAACAUGUAUGUGAUAAUAAGUUUAAAAGUGCUCCUGUGUAUUUAGUUAUUUUAAUUUUGUUUUGUUUUGGGGGGUUUUCUGAAAAAUUCUACAUUUUUCUAUAUGUCUUGUACUGCUGUUUCUAUGAUGAAUAAUAUUGUAAAGCAACCCAGUCAUUUCUGAAUUUUUAAAUCGAUUAUAUUUUAUAACUUCAGAAUGUAUUGGAGUGUAUGUAAAUACAUACAUGUAUAAAUCAAUGACAUGUUUACGAUGGUUGUCCCAAAAUUCCAUGAACUGGACUUAUAACUUUUCCAGUAUCAAUUUAAUUUUAUAAAAACUGUAGUAUAUUGCCAAUUAUACCAUUGUUGACCAAUACCCAAAAUUUCAACUUGUACUUUAAGAAAAUUAAUUCUUUUACAAUAAGGUUGUGCUUUGUGGCACAAUUUGCGACGUCAAAUUUUAUCACAGUGUUUUACAUAGUUUAUCCUUUGAACAUGAUAUCCUUCUUUCUUUUUCUUCAUUUUUAAAAGCUGAGGUACGCAUGCAUUGUGCUCAUACCCUAUGUAUUCCUAAAUUACCCAUUGUAAUGGGGGUGAACAAACGAUUUGCUGAUUCCCAAAUUUCUUCAAUCUAUCAUGCACUCCGAUGUCUGUCUUCCAGAAUAGUGUAAUUCAGUAAUUUAACCGUUUUUUGUAUAUAUUUAUAUUGUAUUAAAAAGUUACUGUAUAUGAACAAUAUUAUAAAUUUAUCUAUUAUAAAUUAUUUUUAUGCCCCCGAGAUCGAAGAUGUUUUUGUCCUGUCUGUCAUUCUGUCUGAAACUUUAACCUUGCUAAUAACUUUUGAAUAGUAAGUGAUAGAGCUUUGAUAUUUCACAUAAGUAUUCCUUGUGACAAGACCUUUCCGUGGGUACCAACAUUUUUGACCCCUUGACCUUGGAGUUUGACCUACUUUUUGAAAACUUUAACCUUGCUGAUAACUUUUGAACAAUAAGUGAUAGAGUUUUGAUAUUUCACAUGAGUAUUCCUUGUGACAAGACCUUUCCGUGGGCACCAACAUUUUUAACCCCGUGACCUUGACCUUGGAGUUUGACCUACUUUUUGAAAACUUUAACCUUACUGAUAACUUUUGAACAAUAAGUGAUAAAGCUUUGAUAUUUCACAUGAGUAUUCCUUUUGACAAGACCUUUCCUUGGGUACCAACAUUUUUGACCCCGUGACUUUGACCUACUUUUUGAAAACUUUAACCUUGCUAAUAACUUUUGAACAAUAAGUGAUAGAACUUUGAUAUUUCACAUGAGUAUUUCUUGUGGCAAGAACUUUUCGUGGGUACCAACAUUUUUGACCCCGUGACCUUGACCUUGGAGUUUGACGUACUUUUUGAAAACUUUAACCUUACUGAUAACUUUUGAACAAUAAGUGAUAGAGCUUUGAUAUUUCACAUGAGUGUUCCUUGUGACAAGACCUUUCCUUGGGUACCAACAUUUUUGACCCCGUGACUUUGACCUACUUUUUGAAAACUUUAACCUUGCAAAUACCUUUUGAACCAUAAAUGAUAGAGCUUUGAUAUUUCACAUGAGUAUUCCUUGUGACAAGACCUUUCCGUAGGUAUUGAACCUUUUGACCUUGACAUUUGACCUACUUUUAAUUUUUUUUUUUACAUUGAUCAUUACUUCUAAAUGGUAAAUAUUAGAGCUUUCAUAUUGUACAUAAGCAUUUCUUUUGACAAGAUCUUUCUACUGGUACCAAGAUAUUUGCCCUUGUGACCUUGGCCAUCUUCGGAAUUGGCCAUUUUCGGGGGCAUUUGUGUUUCACAAACACAUCUUGUUUUGAAUUCCAUUUUAGUAAUAUAUUAAUUAUAUGUAUUACAAAUUCUAGAACCACAAGGUAACUAAUUUUUAUACAUGUAUAGUAACUAUUAUAAAAACUUAUACAUGUAUGAACUGUAAAUAAAACAAGAUACUCUAUUUUAAUUUGCUAGUUUUAUACUGUUUUUCAAAUGUCUUAAAAGCUAACCUUACAAGCAUGUUAUGUUUAUAUGUUUAUGUUGAUGUAAUUGUGAUCAUUCUGUCUUUGUCAUGAUCAUGUACAGAGUGCUAAUGCAAAACACAAUUUAUUUAUUUUUACAUUGAUAUAAUGGAAAUACAUUGAGCUAUUUUCUAUGCCUGUCUUUAGAUGGGAUGUAUUAUGGUAUUGGUACAGUGAUGUCUGUAUGUCCAUCUGUUCUGGGUUUUCUGUUUCUAAUUUCAUUUCUCUGUCACAUAUCAAGCUGAAACUUGCUAUGUAGCUUCAUUGUGGAUCACUCUAGAUCUUGUUGCAAUUUUGAUCCAUUUCAACCUCUCUUGCAGGAGUUUUGCCCCUUUAUUUGAAAAUUAUUGUUAUAUGAAGGGUACAUAAUUUGUCCGGCUAACUCCUUCCACAGUUUUCAAGUGAGGACCAUCUUGAUUUACAGAGUGUUUGUAUGGAUAUUGAAGAUGUGCAUGUGGCAAGGAUUUUGAUUUUCUUCAAUAUUUUGAGAUUAUUACAGGUUGUUGAACUUGGUCCGUUUUGAGAAAAUAUUGCAAAGAGAGUACAUGAUUUGUUGAUGCAGUGACCUUCUCCCACAGUUUUCAAGUGAGAACUUUCUCAUUUUACAGACAGUUUAUAUGGGUAUUGAAGAUGUGCAAUGUGGCAAGGAUUUUUAUUUCCUUCAUUUUUUGGAUAAUUACUGGUUAUUGAACUUUAAUAGUCAAUUUUUAGCUCACCUGAGCUGAAAGCUUAAGUGAGCUUUUCUGAUCACUUGUGCGCCAUUUGUCUGCAAACUUUUUUACAUUUUCGACUUCUCCAGAACCACUGGGCCAAUUUCAUUCAAACUUGGCCAAAAGCAUCCUUGGGUGAAGGGCUUUCACAUUGGUUCAAAUGAAGGGUAAUGCCCCCCUUCAAAGGGGAGAUAAUCACAAAAAUGCAAAAUAAGGUGGGGUGAUUUAAAACACUGCUUCUCAAGAACCACUUCACCAGAAAAACUUAAAUUUACAUGAAAGCUUCCUGACAUAAUGCAAAUUUAAGUUUGUUAAAAUCAUGGCCCCCGGGGGUAGGAUGGUGCCACAAUAGGGUAUCAAAGUUCUACAUAUGAAUAUAAAGGAAAAAUCUUUUAAAAACUUCUUCUCAUGAACCACUAAGCCAGAAAAGCUGAGAUUUACAUGAAAGCUUCUUGACAUAAUGCAGAUUCAAGUUUGUUAAAACCAUGUCCCCUGGCCCCAGAGGUAGGAUGGGGCCGCAAUAGAGGAUCAAAGUUUUAGAUACAAAUUGAUAGGAAAAAUAUUCUCAAGAACCAAUAAGCCAUGAAAGCUUAUGUUUCCUGACAGUGCGUGCAAAUUCAAGUUUGUUAAAACCAUGUCUCCUUGGGGGGGGGGGGGGGGGGGCACAAUAGGGGAUCAAAGUUUUACAUACGAAAUAUAUAGGAAAAUCUUCUCAAAAACUACUGGGCCAGGAAAGUGGAAAUUUACAUGAAAGCUUCCUGACAUAGUGCAGAUUCAAGUUUGUUAAAAUCAUGGACCCCAGGAGUAAGUUGAGGUGGUGGCAAUAUGGGAUCAUAGAUUUACAUACAAAUAUAUAGGGUACAUCUUUAAAAACCUUCUCAAGAACCACUGAGCCAGAAAUGCUGAGAUUAAUUUGAAAGCUUCCUCACAUAGUGCAGAUUCAAGUUUGUUAAACUCAUGACCCCUGGGGCUAGGAUGGGGUCACAAUAGGGGAUCAAAGUUUUACAUUACUAAUAGAUAGAAAAAAAAUAGUUAAGAAUUUCUCCUUAAGAACCAUUGGGCCAAAGAAGUUUACAUUUGCACGAAAGCUACCUGACAUGGUGCAGAUUCAAGUUUGUCAAUAUCAAGGUCCCCAGGGGUAUUAGAUGGGGCAAAAGUAGGGAGUCAAAAUUUUACAUACAAAUAUAUAGGGGAAAUUAUUAAAAAUCACUGGGCCAGAAAAGUGUAUGUUUACAUGAAAGCUUCCAGACUUAGUACAGAUACGAGUUUAUAAAGGUCAUGGUCCCCGGGAGUAGGUUGGGGCUACAAUUGGGAUCAAAGUUUUGAAUGCGAAUAUAUAGGGAAAAUCUUUAGAUAUGAGCUAAGGUGACUCAGGUGAGCAAUGUGGCCCAUGGGCUUCUUGUUAGGAAUUCAUAGAUAGUACAUGAUUUGUCUGUUUUUCCUUCCACAGUUUUCAAGUGAGGAACUUCUUAUUUCACAGGGUAUUUGAAUGUACAUAUGGCAAGGAUUUUGAUUUCCUUCAUUUUUUUUUAAAAAGAAAAUUACAGGUUGUUGAACUUAGUCAGUUUUGAGGAAAUAUUGCAUAGAGAGUACCUGAUUUAUCUUUUAUUUUCUCCUUCUACAGAUUUUAAGUGAGGACCGUCUUAUUUUACAGAAUACUUUAUGAAUAUGGAAGAUGUACAUGUGGCAAGGAUUUUGGAUUUUCUUUAUUUUAUUUUUUUUUACAAAAAAUUACAGGUUGUUGAACUUAGUCCAUUUUUAGAAAAGAUCCAUAUUAUGCAAAGAAAGUAUGUCACAGCUUGUUGAUGGCUGAUACUACCUGAAGAAAGUUCUACAAAACACCCUAUGAAUAAAGCAUUUUCACUGGCGUAUUAUGUACUGUUUGCGGUACUCUUGUUCUUUCAUUAAAUACAUUCUACAAAUGA